AUUAUUAUGAAACCAAAUUCAAAUUCUCCAACGGCUACAUUUCUCUCUCCUCUCUCCCUCUUCUGCUCCUCUUCCUUCGCUGCCUUGCCCAAAUCCUACUCUCUCUCUAUCUCUCUCUCUCCCCUUCUCUGUUCUCUAUAGAUUUUUCAAAAUGAAGCAUUUUAUGCAGCCAAGAAACGCCAUCUUGAGAGAAGCGCACGCCAAUGGAGAGUCAUCGCCAUUACAAUCUGCAAACCCUAGCUGUCAUAAAUCGAAGCCAUCACCACCUCCUCGGAGGCAGAAGUUGUCUAAAGAAAACGCGCCGCCGUCGGAUCUGAACUCUACGUCAGUCCCGGAGCAAAAGCCCUCGCCGUCUCCGGCUGCCAAGAUGAAGAGUCAGUUGCCGCCUAGGCCUCCUUCUUCUAAUCCUCUCAAGAGAAAACUUAGCAUGGAAACUGUCCCAGAGAAUGCUGUACCUGAUUCUGGCGUUAAGGUAAUUGUGCGAAUGCGACCAUUAAACAAGGAUGAAGAGGAAGGGGAAAUGAUAGUUCAGAAGGUGUCUGACGAUUCUUUGUCAAUCAAUGGCCAAACAUUGACAUUUGACUCUGUAGCUGAUAUAAAAUCAACACAGGUAGACAUUUUUGAUCUUGUAGGAGCCCCUCUAGUUGAAAAUUGUCUGGCUGGAUUUAACAGUUCAGUAUUUGCCUAUGGACAGACAGGGAGCGGAAAAACCUACACUAUGUGGGGACCUGCGAAUGCCCUCUUGGAAGAAAAUUUAUCCAGUGACCAACAAGGUUUAACCCCCCGUGUUUUUCAGAGACUCUUUGCCCGCAUAAAUGAGGAGCAAAUUAAACAUGCUGACAAACAACUCAAGUAUCAGUGCCGCUGCUCUUUUCUGGAGAUUUAUAAUGAACAAAUAACAGAUCUGCUGGAUCCAAGCCAGCGAAACCUCCAGAUAAGAGAAGAUGUGAAAUCUGGUGUCUAUGUUGAAAAUCUCCGAGAGGAAUAUGUAUUUACAAUGAAAGAUGUGACUCAGCUUUUGAUAAAGGGUUUGUCGAACAGGAGGACUGGUGCAACUAGUAUAAAUGCUGAAAGUUCCCGGUCACACAGCGUUUUCACUUGUGUUGUUGAAUCCCGAUGCAAGAGCACAGCAGAUGGCAUAAGCAGCUUAAAAACCAGUAGAAUAAAUCUUGUUGAUCUUGCUGGGUCAGAACGACAGAAGUUAACUGGUGCUGCUGGAGAACGGUUAAAAGAAGCGGGGAAUAUAAACCGAUCUCUGUCGCAGCUUGGGAACUUGAUAAACAUUCUUGCUGAAGUUUCUCAGACAGGAAAACAAAGACAUAUACCUUACAGAGAUUCCAGGUUGACAUUUUUGUUGCAAGAAUCUCUUGGUGGCAAUGCAAAGUUAGCAAUGGUGUGUGCUGUUUCCCCAGCACAAAGUUGUAAGAGUGAAACUUUCAGUACACUGCGAUUUGCACAGCGUGCAAAGGCAAUCAAGAACAAGGCAGUUGUUAAUGAAGAGAUGGAGGAUGAUGUGAAUCACUUGCGAGAAGUAAUCCGGCAGCUAAGGGAUGAAUUACAUAGAGUGAAGGCCAAUAGCAACAAUUCAACAGGUUGGGAUCCUCGUAAAAGUUUGAAUAUAUUGAAAAGUCUUAUUCAUCCGCAUUCACGACUACCUCAAUUAGAUGAGGAUGGUGAUGAGGAGAUGGAAAUUGAUGAGGAAGCUGUUGAAAAACUCUGCAUUGAAGUAGGAUUGCCACCAGCAAGUGCUGGAGAUUGCAAUAUUGUUGAUGAAAGUAGGUGUACCAUGGGACAGGGUCCUGAGGAUACUGAUGUUGAUAUGGAAGAAGGCAUAUCUGAACAAGCUGAGAAACAUGAAAUUAUGACUGUUGAUUGUGCUGACCCUGUUAAGAAUGAAUUUUGUUACAAUGUUAAUGACAAGGAACCAGAUCAUAUACCUGUUGAUCCAAUUGAUGCAGAGUCCUCUGGAAAAUCCCCCAAGGAGAACAAGGAUCUUAGCUCCUCAAUCAGUAAAUUGUUAACUGAAGAAUCACAAAGCAAAAUGGUGGAUAUUCGUACUUCAUGCGUAGUGUCUGAUUCUCAAACUGGACUUUCUACAGGAGUUGUAGUAGCAAGUGAAGCAAAUGAUUCUCAAAAUGAUGCAGUGAAUGGUGUAUCACCUUCUAACCUUAGUAUAGUCCCAUGUGAAAUAUCACCAGUUCUUAAAUCUCCAACUCCAAGUGUUUCACCCAGGAUUAGCAGCAGCAGGAAAAGUCUGCGGACUUCAUCAAUGUUAACAGCUUCUCAAAAAGAUCUUAAGGAUGAAAAAUCAAACACAGAGGAUGUACGCUUAUCUUUUGCCAAGAAAAGAAGCUCCUCUAACGCUCUGGCUGCUCAGACUAGUAAAAGUUUUCUUGCACCAACAGAACAUUUAGCAGCUAGCCUUCACCGGGGCUUGGAAAUUAUUGAUAUUCACCGCAAGAGUUCUGUAUUCAGGCGAUCAUCCUUUAGGUUUUCUUGUAAACCUGCAGAAUUGAAGCCAAUUUCACUGGUUGAAAAAGUUGAUGCUGGUGUGCAAACUUUUCUUCAAGAUUAUGACUUACAAGAAGAAGAUGCAGGGGUAUUUUUUUGUAAGAGUUGCAAGAACAAGAAAGCACUGGAGGAAAAAGACAACGAUGACAGCUCAAACUUGCAGUUAGUACCUAUUGAUGGUUCAGAGUCUGCUGAUAAAUCCAAAAAACAAGUUCCCAAAGCAGUGGAGAAAGUGUUGGCAGGAGCCAUCCGUAGAGAAAUGGCUUUGGAGGAGUUUUGUGCCAAACAAACUUCUGAGAUAAUGCAGCUUAACCGUUUGGUGCAACAGUACAAGCAUGAGAGGGAAUGCAAUGCCAUAAUAGGGGAGACAAGGGAGGACAAAAUUCUUCGGCUUGAGAGCCUUAUGGAUGGUGUUUUGCCCACGGAGGAGUUCAUGGAGGAAGAGCUAGCAUCACUUAUGCAUGAACAUAAGCUUUUGAGGGAGAAAUAUGAGAAUCAUCCUGAAGUUCUAAGAACUAAUAUUGAGCUGAAAAGAGCUCAAGAGGAGUUAGAAAAUUAUCGAAAUUUCUAUGAUUUGGGAGAAAGAGAAGUUUUGUUGGAAGAGAUUCAAGAUUUAAGAAACCAAUUGCAGUACUAUGUUGACUCUUCAUCCGCGUCUGCAUUAAAAAGAAAUUCAAUAUUGAAAUUGACCUAUUCAUGCGAGCCUACUGUGGCUCCUCUUCUUAGUACAAUUCAAGAGGCAACUGAGGAGAGCCCAGAAGUAAAGUUUCAAGAAGAAAGAAUGCGCUGGACUGAGGCAGAGAGCAAGUGGAUUUCUCUUGCUGAAGAAUUGAGAACAGAACUCGAUGCUAGCAGGUUGCUAGCUGAAAAAAGGAGGCAGGAAUUAGAGACAGAGAAGAAAUGUGCAGAAGAGUUAAAGGAAGCAAUGCAAAUGGCCAUGGAGGGACAUGCACGCAUGCUUGAGCAGUAUGCAGAUCUUGAGGAAAAACAUAUUCAAUUACUUGCACGGCACAGGAAGAUCCAGGAUGGAAUAGAUGAUGUCAAGAAAGCUGCUUCUAGAGCUGGUGUCAGGGGUGCUGAGUCUAAGUUUAUAAAUGCCCUCGCUGCGGAAAUUUCAGCAUUGAAAGUGGAAAGAGAGAAAGAGAGGCGAUAUCUUAGAGAUGAAAAUAAAGCUCUUCAGUCUCAGUUGAGGGAUACUGCCGAGGCUGUACAAGCUGCAAGCGAAUUACUAGUGAGGCUGAAAGAAGCAGAAGAAGCCGUUGCUGUUGCACAGAAGCGAGCAAUGGAUGCAGAAAGAGCAUCUGCAAAGGCAUAUAAACAGAUUGAUGAAUUGAAGAAAAAACAUGAAAUUGCAAUAAACACCCGUAAUGAGCUCCUUGCAGAGUCUCGUCUACCCAAAGAAGCAAUACGACCUGCUUACAGUGACGAUGAAACAGCCAAGUAUGAUGCAGGUGAACCGCUGAGUGAAGGCGAGCGAUGGAGAGAAGAAUUUGAGCCAUUUUAUAACAAUGGCGAAUAUAGUGAGUUGUCAAAACUUGCAGAACCAUCUUCGUGGUUUUCUGGGUAUGAUAGAUGCAACAUAUAGAGAGAUGAACACUUAGCAUCAAUAUUGUGUAUGUAUUUACUAACAAUUCUGUGAAAUAGCUCUGGAGGUGUAGCUUUUUUGCUGUUUUAUCUAAGGCGAUAAUAGUUCUCACCAUUUGUCAGGACCAAUCUCUUUGGUUCUCUUUUUGAGUCUUGUAUUCAAAUUCUGAUUGUUGCAGUUCAUAAGAGUUGAAUGAAUUAUAUUCUUUUAUUCA